UUCCUCAAUGGUCGGGCAAAAACACAGCUGGUCUAUGAUCUCCGAAGCAAGCUGACGGUCGAACGUUAUCAAUGUGAUUUUCGUGAAAUUCUUGCCGAUCUACCGGUCAGAUCGUGAGGUCAAGGCGGACGUGUGCGAAAAUUCGUUUAGUGCUCUGCUCUUAGUGUUAGUGAGUGUGUUUAGAUGUAUGCAAAACUCGUUAAUCGCGGUGUCACCACGAGGAUUUUUCACUGCCCUGGAUACAAAGGAGUUUCGUGAGGUGCUUCAAGCGUCCUUUCGGCAGCGGAAGCACGAGGCGAAAAAUGUGGUGUUGGAAGCGGUAAUUCGGCGAACUGGUUAGAAAGGAAGCCGAGGGAGGAAAGGAAGCGGUAGGUAAGGACGAGAUGGCGUCUACAAGCGGGCACAAGAGGAACGGCUCGAGUUCGAGCAUGUUCGCCCACAAACGCACCGAGUCCGGCGGUGGUUUCAUCGGCCACAAACGUUCCGAGAGCGGUCACAAGCGGGCCGAGAGCAUAUCCAGUGCCUUUGGCCACAAACGAUCCGAGAGUGGUCACAAGAGGAACGAGAGCGGCGGUGGUUUCGGGCACAAAAGGUCCGAGUCUGGCAGCAAUUAUCAUGCCGGGCAUCGAAGAAACGAAAGCAUGUACGCGAUGACGGGGCUUUACGCGGAAAGCACGGGGACAGCCACUGACGAAACUACGGACCCAUUACAGGCUACCGGUAGCAGACUGACCCACGACACUGUGAUCAGGUGUCACAGUAGAAAUCCCAGUUCUGGCCUCGUGGAUCAUAGAGAUUUUAUCAUCAAAUGUCACAGCAGGAAUCCAAGUGCUUCCAUGGUGGACAGAACGGAGAAAGAGAGACCACAAACUCCACCAUUUAAUCCGGAUUCGAAGGACUGUGGAAUCCUGAGCUGCAGGCCGGCCUUUAUACAGAGAUUCGCCGGAAUAAAGGUGUUUGUGUUCCUUCUCUCGUUUCUCGUAACGCUGCAACAAGCACUUAGUUCAGGUUACAUUAAUUCUGUGAUCACAACCAUUGAGAAGAGGUUCGAAAUCCCGUCCAGCCUUUCAGGCGUCAUUGCUAGCUCCUACGAAAUUGGAAAUGUCAUCACCGUCAUCUUCGUCAGCUAUCUAGGUAGCCGGAGGCAUAUACCUGUUUGGAUAGCGAUUGGCGCUGUUAUAAUGGGACUGGGAUCGAUGAUCUUUAUGGUGCCACAUUUCACAGCUGAACCCAAUUUGAUGACAGCCGCGAAUAAUUCCAGUUCUGAUAAUAUUUGUCGUGGGGUCUCGUUACGUGAACAGGACAUGGGAUUGGGUCGUUUAUCGUCUGGAUUAUCAUCUCCACCUUUAGCCCCGCACAACAAUUUAAGAGGUGAUAAUUGCAUUCAAGGAUCUCCAUCUACAGCUGGCCCUGUUAUGUUAUUUGUACUUGCUCAGUUAUUAUUAGGCUGUGGUGGUUCUCCUUUGUUUACCCUUGGUACCACUUACAUAGAUGAUCAUGUUCGACCAGAAAGUGCUUCAUUGUAUAUUGGUUGUAUGUACAGUAUGGCAGCAUUUGGACCAGUUUUAGGUUUCCUUCUUGGAGCUUAUUUGUUAUCAUUUCAUAUGGAUUCCUUUUCUGGAACAAUAAUUAGUAUAGAUCCAGGUGAUCAUAGGUGGGUUGGCAUGUGGUGGGGAGGAUUCUUACUCUGCGGUUUACUCCUGAUUCUGGUCGCAAUUCCGUUCUUCAGUUUUCCAAAAACUCUGCAACGAGAGAAGGAGAAAAUACGAAUCAUCGAGAAAACUAAAUCGGCGUCGCAGAAGGAGAAGGAACCAUGCAAGGAACCAAAAAAGGAGAAACUCGAUGAUAGUGGUUACGGGAAAGAUGUGAAAGAUAUUCCUAGAAGUAUGUGGAGGCUGGUGUGCAAUCCAGUGUACGUGGUAACGUGUUUGGGAGCAUGUAUGGAGCUAGUGAUCGUUUCUGGCUUCGUUGUUUUCCUCCCCAAAUACCUGGAGACUCAGUUCAGUCUGGGAAAAAGUCAAGCCAGUGUGUUCACCGGCUCUAUAGCGAUACCGGGUGCCUGUAUUGGAAUAUUCUUUGGCGGAUGUUUGCUCAAACGUUUAGAAUUAAGACCGAAAGGAGCGGUUCAGUUCGUUCUCGUAUCGAACAUCAUAUGCCUGGUGUGCUAUGGCCUCCUCUUUUUCCUCGGUUGUGACAACGUUAAAAUGGCUGGGACCACUAUUCCGUACUUCAACAGCAGCACGAAGGGCCCGGAGCCCUUUCAAGUUAAUCUCACUGCCGCAUGCAACUUUGGUUGCGAAUGUCGAAUGACAGACGUCGAGCCGGUCUGUGGAAACAACGGUCUCACCUAUUUCAGCCCGUGUCAUGCAGGCUGCACUGCCUUCAGUUCGAAAUCAAAUUUCACUAAUUGCGCAUGUAUACAUGGAAAUUUAACAUUGUUGCCUCCCGCAGCACCAGAAUUCGCAGAAGUCACUGUGGUACCGGUAGCCACUGCUGGUCCCUGCACUUCGCCAUGCAGAACUAUAUUCCCUUUCUUAAUCUUACUUUUCUUUAUGACUUUUAUCGUUGCUAUCACUCAGAUGCCUCUACUAAUGAUAGUGUUGCGGUCAGUCUCGGAAGAAGAGAGGUCGUUUGCUUUGGGCAUGCAAUUCGUAAUCUUCAGACUGUUCGGUUACAUACCUGCUCCUAUUUUAUUCGGUAACUUAAUUGACUCUACGUGCUUACUUUGGAAAAGCACUUGUGGAGAGAAAGGUGGACGAUGUCUUCUUUACGACAUCGAGCAAUUUAGAUAUAGAUAUGUUGGACUUUGUGCCGGCAUUAAGAUUUUAGCUCUGGCUUUGUUCCUUAUUGAUUGGUGGCUGGUUAGGAGGAGAAGACAGAUGGAAGACCAAGCGCCGUCUUUCACUGUUAACGAGUUUGUAGGGUCAAUUAUCAGUCUUGACAAAUUGUUCGAAGAGAAACCGCAUCAUCACAACACUGGAGAUGGGGACGGUGUUUCUCCUAACUCGGAGGUACCCACACCGUCAUCGAUCUCGUCACCAACGGAGCCUACGAAAUCGACGAAUCUUGAGGAGACUGGCUCGUCGAAUCAAACGCAGGAUUCGACGGAUACAGGGAAUCGAUCAAAGAACUCGAUGAACGUUGAUGUUCCCGACACGAGGCAAGCACCUUUAGCUAUGGAAGAGCCAGACACUGAGGUGAAACCAUUGACCGCUGGUCAAACGGAGAAGCUUGUACGGAACGUUUAAUGUUUAUCUCGUGUUAGUGGCUAUGCAAUUGAAUAUAUCAAAGUGGUGAUAACACGAGUCUGUGGCAAAUUGUUUUAAGGUCAACUAUCAGACGUUAAGGAGAUGAUGAUCAUGGCUUACAGAAACGACGAACCUUCAGACACCUCUAGAAUCGAAGGUCCAAUUUUAGUUUAACUCUAUUUAUUCUACUUAUUGAUUAUUGAUUACAGGGCCUUACUUCAAUUAUGGCACGGUUAAGUUUCAAUUGUACCUCUGAAUACAGUGUACCGAAUUUAGGAUCGCUGAGGGCGAUUUAAGUACUACAUAUCAAUUUUCUUCGUCAGUUCAAUCACCCGAGCAGUAAAUAGGUAAAUGUAGAAGUAGCAGACACUGUGAAAAAUUAUCAAGCAAAAGGUUGAGACAUAACCUAUGCUUGUUUAUUUUAGAAUUCUUCGUGCUUACACCUGACAACUUCGUAAUAGGUUAUCUAGGUAAGUGAUGGUAGCGUUUUUUGUGAAUGGGGUUUUAUUUAUUGCAUGACCCCUUACAGCUCUACCUUAUAGAGUAGAAUAGAGUAUUAUAGUGUGUAUACUAUGAAGCCUAUAAAGUCUAUAGUAUUACAGGAAAUUGAAAUAAGGCCAUAAAAAUUCUGCACAACUGUAGCAGUUUAUUCUGAUAGAGUCUUAGUUACUUUAGAAUCUUUCAUCCUUAAAAGAGUGGAAUGAGUAGAGGUACACUACUCUUGGAGCUUCAGUUUCAGGGUCCUAAUUAAUUUUAGACCUGAGUUCCUUUGCAAAUUAUAGAUGGUGCGAAGAAUCGCCUCUGUAAGUCAUAAUUAUUACUUUUUUAACUCUCUGUACAAGGUACCUAUAUUAUUAACCCUUUGCACUUCGAUUUUUCCAAACAGGAUAGUACAUUUAUUCUGGUUAAUUUUAAAAUGAUCGUUACAGAAAAUACAGAUUGUGAAAAAUGACAAGUUCGCGAAUAUUUUUCAUUAUUUCAAUACUAAAACUGGUACAAAUUUUCUGAAUGUAGUUCAAAACUAAAUCAUUGUACCUGAGAUACUUGUUUGAAGCGCAAAGGGUUCUAAGGGGGUAAAAUAUUAUAACUUUGAAUAAAAUGUGCUCGAGUGAUUUGUACACACACACACACACACGCGCGUAUGGUGCUAAUAUACUUUUUUAACAAGUUCGAAAGACAAAGAAUUAUCUCAUAUCGUUCCGUACACUAUCGAAAUACAGAUUUAAAUUACGUUGAAGGUGUUAAGUGAAUCGUCUGUUCUCGCAUACAUUCGGCGCGCCGAAUGACAAAUAUUUUUGCGUGAAAGAAGAAAUACACUGGUUUUAUCGGACGAAAUGAUUUGCCACAGAUUUGUCUUCUAUGGUUUGGCUAUUUUUUAGGAACUAAUAUAUAUAUAUAUAUAUCACUAGGGUGUACAUUUUUACGGUGAUGCGAUAUAUAUGUCAAUAAGUAGGAACUUAAUAGGUGAACUACAGCUCGUUUCUGUCAAAGCAGCUUGAAAUUAACUUAAAAAAAAAAGCGCUGCCUGAAACGAGCCUUCGAUGAAAAGAGCCUUGCACGGUUUGAAAAAAAAAAAAAAAGAAAAACGAGCGAAAGGAAAAAUUAGGAAAGGAAUGGCCAACAAGGACAAAAGAGAUACACUGUAAAUAUAAAAAUUCCUGCCUUAAGAAAUACAAGACUAGACAAACGUAUAUUUAACAAACAAACAAAAAAAAUAUAACUGAUUAAGCGAACGAUAGAUUUAACUAUCUAUAAAUAUGAAUAUCAUUAUAAUUGCAGAUCGAGAGCUGCGAUUUAUUUUAUAACUAUAGCGUUAGGCUUUCUCAUGAAACAAAAGAAAAAAAAAUGAAGUAGUCAAUUUAACGUGUAGCGAUGUAUAAGAAAAAGAACAAAAAAAAAAAAAAAUAGAAUUUAACACGACGAUCGUAAGAUUGUAAACUCGUUUACAAGAUAAUUUUUUGACACGAUGCAAUAGCCGUACAUUUUUAUUCUUCGCAAACGGAACGUCGACGAAAUCACGCUUUCUUUUCUUCGGUUUUUUUUUCUUUUUUUUUAACGAAGCGACACACGAUCUCUAACGUUUCUUUCCUUCCGAAACGAUCCGUAUCGAGCGAUACUACAAGGUUAAGAAGCUUUCGGAACUUCGAAUGCAAGCGUGCGAAUCUUUAUUUUCGUUUUCUCGUAUACACUUCGUGUCCUCUGCGUAGGAGCGAAUUAUGCUUCCAAGCAACGAAACGAAAGGAUGUAUGUAAGAGGAACAAUCGAGGUUUAGUUGACGAACGAUGGCCUCGCAUGGGUCAAUCGAGGAAAUCCGAUUUUACACCAUUGGACUCGCCUCUUCUUAAGGAGAGUCCGCUCGUUGUUUUGUACCUGAAUGCCUCUCGUAUCAAUUUCGAUGUAACAAAACAAUGAAAGAAACUAUGUAGAAAAAAGAAAACUCACUCAGGAAAAUGAAAUUCUAUAGGGUGUAAGAAGCACCGUUUGAUUCAGUGGAAAGAUAUAUAGAGAAGAGACACGAGUAAGUGCAAACAAAAAAAAAAAAACAAAGAAAAAAACAAAAAAAAAAGGAAUCCUAGCUUAAGAGAGAAAAUUAAGAAAAAAUAUAAUGUUACUCCUAUCAGCUCAAUUUUGUUUUAAGCAAAAUAACGUUGAACCGAAGAAAUUUUACCACGAAAAACGUUUUAACCAGAUUGAUAAAUAAGAGAACUCUAUUCGCAUGAAAUUCAUGAUUUCAACCGUUUUUCUCAGUCGCUUCGGGGUAUGAAAUCGUUUUACAAGAUAAAUAUAUAUAUAUAUAUACACACACACAUAUUAUGCUUAAAUUAGGAUGAAGCGAAGAGAAAUGAAAGAGUAUAGUCUUAAUUUUUACACGGUCUCGAUAAACUAAUAUGCUGACGUUGUCUACAGCAUUUACUUACGUUUAAACACUUAACCAUAUGUACCGAUAUAUCUCGCACGCUGUUUGACCCGCGUCACUGUCAAUUUUUCAAAAUGUGUAGUUACACGCUACUCUAUUAUAUAUAUAUAUAUAUAUAUUUUAGAGGGAAAAUUUUGAUGUAUGAACGAUCGUGUAACGUCCGCAGGGUCGAUCGUUCGAAUGAUUUUAAGAGGCCGUGAUGAUCUCUCCUAAACCGCGUAUUGUCAAGAACUUAUUAUAUUAUACAUAACUACUUUGUGAUAUAGAAACAAAGUCGAACGAUAGGCUUUGCCGGACGGGUGUAGAGGAUUUAAAGAAGGGAAAUAUGUGCUGUGAAUAAUAGAAAAGGAAAUUAUGAAAGAAAGCGGGAAAGGAAUGCGCGUCGAAUCAAAUUUCAUUUGCAAUUUCCACACUGAAUUAUAUUAUUUAUUCAGAUAAAUAGUAUUCUUACAAUCGUUAAUAUUACAUAAAAAAAUGAAAAUUGAAACCAUUUACAAAUCCAGAGAAAUUUUAUAAUUUCUUGUUAUACUACACACUCUUGUUAUUUAAAUUGAAACCUGGCUAAUAUUAUAAAAUUAUUUUUUCUACAAAAUCCUAUUUAUCUAAACAAAUGAUAUAAAUCAGCCUUCACGUAUUGUCUUGUCGAGUGAUUAGGAGGGAUGUCAAUUGUUCACGUCAUCCGCCGCAACUGUACAUAGAAAAGUAGUUAGAACGAUUUUCUAUCGAGCAAAAUCGGGAUGAAAGAGUACGCGUUACGUGUAAAGUACGCGAUUCAAUUAGGAGCUGCGAUCGUCGAACAAAUGAUCACACGGUUUUGUUUCUACGAGGAUAUUUUUUUAGUCGAGAGGGUGCGAACGAUUCGAUCGCCUCCCGCGCAAUAUUUAGAUCGUGUUACUUAGAUCAUUUUUUUUUUUUUUUUUUUUUUUUUUUUUUUUUUUUUUUUAUACAUAAUUUUCUCGGUAUUAUAUAUUUUGUAGCGAAUCAUGCGAGCGUGCAAAAAUCGUGUUUCUUAUAUUUUAAAAUGCGUCCUGCGUCGCCGAUGGUUUGAUACCAGGGUUAAUAUGAUCGAAGAUUGAAACAAAGUGAAAGAAACUCAUAGUAUAAUUAUAGUUUUAUUACAACCAAGCAUUAUAUAUUUUUGAAUGCUGGUUUGCCAUGAAUCUUCAAUUUCAAGCGGCACGGAACUUGUUCAUACAAAUAUCUAUUCUCAAUUUCAUUUAUCCAUCAUUAUUUCUAUAAUUAUUAUUAUUAUUACAGCGCUUUGAUUAUCUAUUAUGCUAGUAUACUCAUCUUUAGUUAGUUAGUUUAAUUACGUUUAUUUGUAGCUUAUUAAACGUUUAAUCAGGAACGAUAUCUGUUUCUGUUUCUUUUUCCUUUCUUUUUCGGUCGUACGAUUUUGAUUUAUUGUACGUAAUACAUUCCCAAGUUACAGUUAAAAAAAGGAACAGAAGCGAAAUAAUAAAAGAAAAAGAAAAUUAUAACAAAAAAAAUAUAUAUAUAUAUAACAGAGUUUAGAGAGGGUUGCGUUUAAAGUAUUAGGUAGGAAGUUCUAAAACAAAUAUAACGAUGAAAAUUAAAUUAAAGAAUGUUGUGUACAUAGAUAUUGACUAUUGUAUAUGAUUAAUAUAAACUGCUUAUAGAUGUAAUGUAUUUUUUGUAGGGACCAUAAUAUAUAAACAGAACAAUAUGAGACGUGUUAGAACGGUACUGAUAAGAGUGAUAUAAAGAUAUGAAUAGAAAUGGUUCUAUGCGAAGUUUCGUGAAAAAGAAAAAAAAAGCAAUACCCGUUUGCUUAUGGGAAGAGAGACGAGAUGAGUGUCCUGAGAAUUAUGAAUUCAGAGAUAUAUUAUAAAAGCUCAGUAAAGAAAAUUUAGAGGUACACCAUGUCGAGUGUUUACGAUCGGCUAAGAAUGAUAAACGAUUAUAUUUUCUUUGUACAAUUCGUGAAAGAGGCCCGUUUAAUGAAUUCGAUCUUUUCUGCGAGUCAAAUACUUUGGGCCUCGAAAAUUGAAAUUAAUUAUCGUCCAAGGCUGCUCCUGACUGAGCCCAUUAAUGGAGAUCAUCUUAAAUUAAUAUUGUUCUCUAAUGGUUUCUUAAUUUAACACUUUGGUGUACAUUUUGUAAAUUCUACAAAAUGUAGACUUGCAAUUUUAGAAAAUUAUAAAAGGCCCCAUAUUAUAAAUUUGAGUAACAUUUAUAACAAAAUUACAAUUCGAUUUUACUUUCUUAAUUAAAUUUGUAGAUAUAGCAAUUUUUGAUCAAAUUCCAUAACAACAAAAUUUGGGAAAAAUAUAAAAGAAUGCUGAAUGCAGCCUUGAACGAUCAAUUAAGAUUCAAAACAAUAUGGAAUGAUUAAAAUUCUUAGGAAGGAGGAUUUUAUUUAUAUCCAUGUGGCCACAGUUUGUCUGAAAAUGGUGAAAAGGAUUAUGUUGAAUGAGUCUGAAAGCAUUUUAGUUUGAUUCCAGCAAUUUCUAAAGCGAUGCCAUUUCAUUACACGAACAAGGACACAUACACACGCAUACACACUGUACGUUACUUUGUUAUAUUUCGAAUAUUGUACGAAUUCUUACAAAAAGAGAUCCCUUGAAUUUAGUCGACGAGCAAAUCACCUGUUCGGUGUGGUUUGUCCAUCAGAAAUCAAUCUUUUUUGAUACGCGAAUCGAUGGAAAAAUCAUAAUCGAUCCCGUUGUUGAACACUCGAAAUAAUAUGCCUUAAAAAAUGAAAGAUUAAAAAAAAAAAAAAA